AUGCGCAUGUCAUCUCUUCACUCUAAUGCACCGGCCCAUUCGUUGGAGGACACGAAAAAGAUAAUCGUAAAAGCGUUCGAUGGCCUCCCCUUUGAAGACAUUUUUGAAGAAUUCCAGGAAGAACCAUUGGGGGUAGGGGCUAUUGCGCAGGUCUACAAGGCGAAAUUGAAACCGAAUCUGGCGGCACGGAGAGAAGAGGAUUUGACCGAGGAGCCCCAAGAUCUACGGGCUAAAGUCCGGAAGAAUGUCGAUGUCCUAGUCAAGAGCUCCCCCCAGCGAGUUCCGUCGUCGUACGUGGCCAUCAAGGUUCUCCAUCCCCACGUGGACCGUAUUGUUCACAGGGACUUGUCCAUCAUGGCCUUCUUCGCGGCCCUUAUCAACAUGAUUCCCACGAUGGAAUGGUUGUCAUUGCCGGACGAGGUGCGACAAUUCGGAGAGAUGAUGAAGCUUCAGCUCGACCUGCGGAUCGAAUCCACGAAUCUGGCCAUCUUCCGGGAGCAUUUCAAAGCACGCACUACGGCAUGGUUUCCGUACCCUUACAAGGAAUACACGACGCGAGAGGUCCUUGUCGAAGAGUUCGCGCAAGGGAUUCCUCUGGAGACUUUCCUGGACAAGGGGGGUGGGGUCUACCAGCGAGAAAUCGCACAAGAGGGACUUGACGCUUUCCUUCAUAUGCUUCUGAUUGACAAUUUCACCCAUGCGGAUUUGCAUCCAGGGAAUAUCAUGGUGCGAUUCUACAAACCGAGUCAGCUGGACUUGUCUCUGCGCGUACCCACCCGUGCAGUCGAGGCGACGUCGAGGGCAGAGGCAGAUGUGAUGGAGGACGUUCUGGGACGUCUUCGACCUCACACCCAUGAUCCUGAGGCAUGGAAGGCUGCUUUGGCCAAGUUAGAAUCGGAAGGCUAUCGGCCGCAACUGCUUUUCAUCGACACCGGCCUCGUCACUCAGCUUAACGACAGGAAUCGCCGAAACUUCCUGGAUCUGUUCCGUGCCAUCGCGGAAUUUGAUGGAUACCGGGCAGGUCAUCUCAUGGUGGAGCGCUGCCGGCAACCGGACGCGGUCAUCGAUGCCGAAGUGUUCGCGUUGAAGAUGCAGCACCUUGUUCUGGGUGUCAAAUCACGAACGUUUGCGCUGGGAAAUAUCAAGAUCGGCGAUGUCCUCAGCCAAGUCUUGCAGAUGGUCCGGGAGCACCACGUCCGCUUGGAAGGGGAUUUUGUCAAUGUCGUCAUUUCGAUUCUGCUGCUAGAGGGAAUUGGCCGGAAUUUGGAUCCGGAUCUGGAUCUCUUCAAGAGUGCCCUUCCUAUAUUGCGACAACUCGGUUCCGGGACGACCUUACUCAAGUCCGUCCGUCACGGCGACACUUCCAUGUUACGCGUCUGGGUCGGCCUCGAAGCCCGCACGUUCCUGCAGGCCAGCGUAGAGAGCGUUGAGAUGACGUACGGAUGUUUUGGUGUAUGGAAGGCAUUGGAUAUAACACAAUCACAGAGAGGAAGGAACAUCAAAUAG